UUGAAUCGAAAAGAAUAAGAAGAAGAUUACUUUUGAUCCUUUCAACACUGUCAAAUAAGUGGUGAGUUGCAAAUUUUGGGGAAUUUCAGCAUUACAAACAAUUAUCUUCAAUAUCCUUUGUGAACAACGUACGCUCGGAACUUAGACAGGGUACGGGUACUGAUAUUUUCGCAAAUUCAGAUUAUAUUUCUCAGUUGAAAUGGACCGACUUUUGAGACUUGGAGGAGGUAUGCCAGGUUUGAGUCAAGCACCUCCUCCUUCAGAUGCACCUGUGGUAGAUACAGCUGAACAAGUGUAUAUUUCCUCUCUGGCUUUACUGAAGAUGCUGAAGCACGGCCGUGCAGGAGUACCAAUGGAAGUAAUGGGGCUUAUGUUAGGUGAAUUUGUAGACGAUUACACAGUCAGAGUUAUUGAUGUAUUUGCGAUGCCACAGACAGGUACAGGUGUUAGUGUAGAGGCUGUAGAUCCAGUUUUCCAAGCUAAGAUGUUGGACAUGUUACGGCAGACUGGUAGACCAGAAAUGGUGGUGGGCUGGUAUCAUUCCCAUCCAGGAUUCGGUUGUUGGCUGUCGGGUGUCGAUAUCAAUACCCAGCAAAGUUUUGAAGCCCUUUCCGAAAGGGCAGUUGCUGUUGUAGUAGACCCAAUUCAGUCUGUUAAAGGCAAAGUUGUAAUCGAUGCCUUCAGGUUGAUAAACCCUAACAUGAUGGUUUUGGGUCAAGAACCUCGACAAACAACCUCCAACUUAGGACACCUCCAGAAGCCUUCAGUGCAAGCUCUCAUUCACGGUUUGAAUAGGCAUUAUUACUCGAUAAGUAUCAAUUAUCGAAAAAAUGAACUGGAACAGAAAAUGCUUCUCAACUUACACAAAAAGUCCUGGAUGGAUGGCCUUACCUUAGCGGACUAUGCAGAGAACUGUAGUGUAAAUGAAAAAACCGUGUCUGACAUGCUGGAUUUGGCUAAAAAUUAUAACAAAGCUCUAGAAGACGAGGAAAAGAUGACACCAGAGCAACUAGCGAUCAAGAACGUCGGCAAACAGGAUCCGAAAAGGCAUUUGGAGGAGAAAGUUGACGUUUUAAUGACAAAUAACAUUGUUCAGUGUUUGGGAGCUAUGUUGGACACCGUUGCAUUUGAAUAAUUCAAGCUCUUGAGCUUCAUCAUCUCCAAUUCAUUCAUUUGACAACUACUUUAUAAGAUAUUUUUCAUUAAACUAAUUUUUUUUUGUACCUUUUUUCUUUGUUUUGAAGAAAAUUGUAUGAAAAGGGAAAAACAAAGCAUUAUAAAUUCACUGAAGUGGUUUUUUGAAUAAUAUAAUAUACUGGUAGGUGUAUA